ACUAUACUUAUUUACUUUUUGAGGUUAAUUUCCAUUUUCAACAUUUACAAUUUUAAUAUUAUAAGUUUUUAAUGUUUGGGGAUUUUGAUAUUUGAAUACUUUAUUUCCAUUCCACUCUGUGUGAAAUAUAUGAUUAGAUUUUUUUGGCAUGCUGAUUGCUGUUAAGAUCUGAAAUUAACAUAUACAGAAUCUUACAAAAGUAUUAGCUUAAGGAGCAAAUGCUAAUUUUCAAGGAAAUGGUUCCUAGUUAGUUGUGAUAUCUGUGUUAUUCAUUGUCAGUUUCAUCAUUGUCAUUUUGAAAAUUAGUGAUUAAUCAGAUCUAAUUGUUCUUUGUAUUUUGUGAAAAACUGCUUCUACUUCCAGUAAUAAUAAAUAAUAAAUAAUAAGUACCAGGCAUGAUCUGACUCUACCAUUGUUACUUUUUAUAACAUGGUUGCAUUUUGCCCUUUUUGUGGAAAUAUUCUUUUUGUAGAAGAAAAUGUGUACUCAACUUUACAAUUCACAUGUAACAUAUGCCCUGUUUAUUUUCCUGUAAAGAAGAAUAUUUCUUUUAGAAGUUAUUAUCAGCUUAAGGAAAUUGAUGAUGUAUUAGGAGGCGAAGAGGCUUGGAAAAACGUUGAUUCCACUGAAGAGAGGUGUCCAAAGUGUGCCCACAACCGAGCAUAUUUCUUGCAGCUACAAACAAGAUCAGCAGAUGAGCCUAUGACAACAUUCUAUAGAUGCUGCAAUAAUGAGUGCAACCACAACUGGCGAGAUUAA